AUAAAACUAGAAUAACAAGGAAAUAAUAAAAUGAACGAAAUUGAGAGAAAUAGCGAACUUAUAAGUGAAAAGGAAUGUUUAGAGGAAAAAGAGAAAGCAAUGAUUGAUAGUGAUGAAUCUGUUUCUGCUGGAAGCAGCGGAAGGUCAGAGAAUGGGGAUGAAAAUGUGGGUCGGGGCAACUGGUCAGGUCGCCUGGACUUUUUCUUGUCCUGUGUCGGUUACGCUGUGGGACUCGGAAAUAUUUGGAGGUUCCCGUACCUAUGUUACCAGAGCGGCGGAGGGGCUUUUCUGAUCCCAUAUGUGAUUUUCCUUGUGUUGUGUGGAAUUCCAUUAUUCUUCUUAGAAAUCAGCUAUGGCCAGUUCGCCAGCUUGAGUCCUAUCACGGUGUGGAAAAUGUCGCCACUAUUUAAAGGUGUGGGCUAUGGUAUGGUCAUUAUCUCGGGCAUUGUUUGUGUUUACUACAACAUCAUCAUAACCUGGACGAUUUAUUUUCUGUACCAUUCGUUCAAAGCUGUUCUCCCGUGGAGUACGUGCAAUAAUGAAUGGAACACAGAGAAAUGUUACAUUCGCGUUGAAAGUGUGCAGACCAAUGCUACAGUAAAUGGGACACUUGACUACAAUGUCUCUGAUAUAAACAUCACGAACUUCUCCUCAGACAUAACGCUGACUUUAGCAAACUUAACAAGGAAUGAGUCGGCAUCAAAUGCGUCUAACAAGGUCACAGCUAGCGAAGAGUUCUGGCAGAAUGAAGUGUUACAAAUCACAAAAGGAAUUGAGGACUUGGGCACUAUUCGCUGGGAGCUCCUUAUCUGUUUGGCUGUGGCUUGGAUUGUCGUGUUUCUGUGUUUGUGCAAGGGAGUUAAAUCUUCUGGAAAGGUCGUGUAUGUGACGGCCACUUUUCCAUACCUGGUUCUGAUGAUUCUUUUUAUCCGAGGGGUCACUCUUCCUGGUGCAGGAGCCGGAAUAUACUUCUACCUGGUUCCAGAAUGGGAAAAACUUCUGACAUUCAAGGUAUGGGGAGAUGCUGCAGUCCAGAUUUUCUACUCGGUUGGAAUGGCCUGGGGAGGUCUUAUCACAAUGGCCAGUUUCAACAAAUUCAACAACAACUGUUACCGUGACGCCAUGAUUGUCCCCCUUAUUAACUGCGGCACCAGCGUGUUUGCUGGUUUGGUCAUUUUCUCUGUCCUGGGGUUCAUGUCUUACGAGACGGGUGUUGACAUCGAUAAAGUUGUUACCCAGGGACCUGGUUUGACCUUUGUGGCCUACCCAGAAGCUGUGUCCAAACUCCCCAUCUCCCCUCUGUGGGCAGUCCUGUUUUUCCUUAUGCUCAUCAGUGUUGGUUUAGACACUCAGUUUGGAAUGUUUGAAACAAUGACGAGUGCCUUCAUUGACGAGUUCCCGGGUCUCUUGAGGGAGAGGAAAGUUCUGUUCACUGCUUUACUCUGCUUCAUCGAAUUCCUUCUGGGUAUACCAUGUAUAAUGCAGGGAGGGAUCUACGUGCUUCAGAUCAUGGACUGGUACUGUGCUGUGUUUUCUAUGAUGUUACUGUCACUGACAGAAUGUCUGGUUAUAGCCUGGAUCUAUGGUGUGGACAGAUUCUACAAGGAUAUUGAACUCAUGAUUGGAUAUCAGCCUGGUAUCUGGUGGAAGAUUUGCUGGUUAUUUAUCACACCUGUUACCAUAGCUGGUGUAUGGUUGUUCAGUGUGACCCAGUUAAGCCCGGUGACCUACGGAGAUUAUGAAUACCCAGAUGGAGCUAUUGUGUUUGGUUGGAUGCUUGGACUUGUCUCUCUAGUGCCUGUUCCAGUAUGUGCAGUGACUGCCAUUUUGAAAGAAAAAGGGGACAUAUUUCAAAGAAUUAAGAAGUUGGUCCAUCACACAGAUGACUGGGGUCCAGCAGUGGAGAAACACCGAGUUCGAUAUCUACAAUCAUUACAGAGUUCCCAGGAGUCACUGGAUUCUGUCGUUUGUACACCUCUCGUAGAAGCCAAGUACCAUGCAAUUAAGCCACAGUCAUGAGAGUGUGAGGUCUAGAAUUUUUGAAGAAUGUCAUAGGAGGAAUGUAUAAAUAUUACUUGUUCAAGGAUUUUUAUUGAUAUUGUGAAGGAGAAUGUAAUUUUGGGAAGAGGAUUUUAUAGACUUUGUAUGUUGUGUAGGGGUUUUAAUUUGUGGAUUUCCCUUUUUGUUUCUUUUGGCACAAGAUCUAGAAUUUAUGAAAUUGUGCAUAUACGAAAUAUGUCAUAGUGUACACAGUAUAUUUGAACAUAUCAAUUAUUCACUGCUCCUUGAAUUUAAAAUUUUUGCUGAGGUACUACAGAGAAAAUUAACACUGGUAAAUUAUUUAUCCCCUAUACAGUAUGUGGAGAAUGAAGGACAGAGUUUGGAUGAGGUGAACAUAGUUCCUCAAAUAAUGUAAAUAUAAAUAGAUCAAGAAUCUCACAAACUUAAUGCCACAAAAGGUCAUUACAAAGGGGACCAAAAUGUACUAACUUGAAGCACUACACCUGAAAAAGUGUUUGCAUGUAUAAAGGUUUAGUGCACUAAAAAAACUAUAAUCAAUUUAAUCUCUUAGAUACAAAAGAUAUAUAGUCGAGCCGUGUUAAUCCAGACACUUGUUGUCCGGAUUAAUAAAUUAUCUGGAUGACUGAAACACACCUUUAAUAAUAAGAAGAUAAAAAUAAGAUUUCUAUUCCCCAUUAAUUUCGUAGGUGAAGAAAACAGGUUAUCGGGGUCCGCAUUAAAGAGGCUCAACUGUAUGUACAUUAAAAACACUUAUAGCAUAGUGCUACAGAAUAGCAUAGCGCUACAGAAGAAUAAUUUUUAUGUCAUAAAUACAAUUUGCUAUGAAUCAAAAUAAGUUUUAAAACUACAGGAAAUGAAAUUCACUUUGUUUUAAUUGUGAAUUUGUCAUAAUUAUCUUCACUGUAACCUUGUUUUACUCUAUAAAUAUUGGUCCCCACCCAUUGAUAAUUUAGAUCAGUAUUAAGUUCAUAUUGUAGUGUAAUGAAAUAUUAUUUUGUGAACAGCAUUAUUGGAUAGUCCUGAGCUUCCAAAUAAUUUAAAAACUGUAUCAUUGAGAAGUGAAAAUUUAUUACUUUGUGGUUGACAUAGUUCCCACUUGUACCAAUGUUUCCAGAAAUGUGAUGUUAUAUUUUUUUGAAAUAAUUUUAACCAGAAGUGGUUCAGUAAUGAUAACUGCAUCAUAAAAUGUAAAUUUUGUUCAUUUCAUUUUAUUAACAUGAUUAAUAACCACAUUUUACUAAAGAAAACAAAAUAAAAUUGAUUUAUUCAACAUGUUCAUCAAAUCUCUAAGUAAUAUUAUAAUAAAAAUAUUAAUAGUUAUCAUCAUCUUGUGAUAUUUCUUAACUUUUUUCAAAAUGUCUUAAAAAAAGAAAUACCACCAAAAGUAUAUUGGCAGUUCUUGUGAUUUCCAUAGGAUUAUAUAGGAAACACUGUCCUCUGGUAUCUUGUAAAAUGCCUGGUAAGAAACCUAAAUUUUUUUUAGCAAAGUUGAAGUAGCAAUACUUUAAUGACAAAUUCUUGGCAGAAAUUGUAUAUUAUUGUGGAACAUGUUGUCAGACCUUUAAAUCAAUUUCUGUAUUUGAAUUAAAAUUUGGAUGAAAAAGAAAAGGACUUUAUCUACCAUAAAGAUAUAAUCAUUAAUCAAAGUAACAUAGUAUAAUUGCACAAAAUUUGCAUGCAAAUUGUGAAAAAAAGUUCACCUGACCAAUCAAAAUAUCACAUAUUUGUCUUCAAUGAAGAUUGUUUUACAGAGGGCUUUUUUGCUUUUAAUAUCUUUUUUAUAUUAAAAAUUCAGUUUCUAUCAAAUUAUCCUAACUUCAGAUUCUCUCAUUUUUGGAGUAAAAGAUUUUAUUUUGAUUGUCUCCCUGUUCGUUUGCUGCUCUUUGACUGCCAUAUAUGUUAUAAUAUUGUCCAAGUGUUAUGAUGAAAUCAGUCACAUUUGCCUAGUCCUUUCUUUAAAACAUUUUUGGAAAAUAUUUUAUUUUGUAGUUACUGCUCCUUGUGUAUUAAGUAACAAUUGUGUUCUUGAGAUGCAUUUUUUUUUCAUUAUGAUCAUGAUUAUAUUUAGAAAAACUUUUUUUCUUUGACUUUUCAAAUGAGGUACUGUUAUAUGAUGUAAUGUAAAUUUUCUUUUUACAUUUCAAAUAAAUUUGAGCAAUAUUUA